UUAUCUACGUGUUGAAAGUGGCGCUUGGUUUUGCGUUUGCCUAUCGCGGGACUGCCUGGUUUCGAUCUGCUAAAUAGUGAGGCGUGGCCAAAGCCAGUGAAAGUACUUAAUUAGCUGUUUGGAAAGCACUUGUCAGAAGAAACAGUCGAGCAACAUAGAAGGACAGCAGCUUGUUUUGUCUUGUUUUCUCAUCAGCCUAGUGUGUGAUCAUCAUUGCUAGGAACGUUGUUUGGUUUAAAUUGUGUGUGUCUUACCGUGGUUAAUACGUGCUGAAAGUGGCGCUUGGUUUUGCGUUUGCCUAUCGCGGGACUGCCUGGUUUCGAUCUGCUAAAUAGUGAGGCGUGUCCAGCUGACUUCAAUCACAGGUAAUCAGGCUAAUACGAAGCACUAGGUUUCACCGCGGCAGCGGUCGCAUCAACCCUCGUGUGAACCCUCCUCGUGUGACGACCGACGAGUGUAAAGACAAUCGACUCUACCUGCGCGACUCCACCGAGCAAGGACACCGACAGGGCACUUGAGUAUUGCUUUUCUCAUUUUUUUCCCACUCUUUGUGUAGUUUGUUCUCAAAUAUAUCUUACACUUGUAGUCACUAUGUGCUUUCAGAUCUCUACUAUCACUACUAACACUCGGAGGACACGCUAUGUACGUCGCAGGAAGGCCUGUCUGACAAACCUACGCCAUGUCCCUCUGACCUCUACUACUAUGCUCUCUAUUCCAGUUGGUCUCUGGAACUGCCAGUCUGCAGUUAACAAACUUCAUUUCUUCUAUUGCUACUCAUUCCGGUCUCAACCUCAUGGCACUGACAGAGACUUGGAUCAAACCUGAAGAUACUGCCACCCCUGCAGCCCUCUCCACUAAUUUCACUUGUUCCCACACUCCUCGUACCACUGGGAGGGGUGGAGGUACGGGUCUCCUUAUAUCCAAAGAAUGGAAAUUUGAUCUUCAGCCAUCACCUACAGGUCAACUGGGAAACUUCUUGGAGGAGUUGGAUGUGCUGCUAUCAAACUUUCCUGAAGAUGGUACUCCUCUGAUACUGCUUGGUGACUUCAACAUCCACCUAGAUAAACCCCAGGCUGCUGACUUCAAAACUCUGCUCACCUCAUUUGAUCUCAAGCUAGUGUCCACUACAGCGACUCACAAAUCGGGCAACCAACUGGACCUCAUCUACACACGCUGUUGCUCUGUGGACACCUCUUCAGUUGCUCCACUGCACACCUCUGAGCACUUCCUAAUUACUGCUAACCUAGCACUUACUCCUGAAGUGGCACACACUCCAACGCAGGUCACCUUUCGACGGAACCUACGCUCACUCGCCUAUCUGCUGUGGUUUCAUCCUCUCUUCCACCAUUCUCUCAGUUUUCUGCUCUGGACACGAACAGUGCUACGGACACUCUUUGCUCCACUUUAACAUCUUGCUUAGACAAUUUUUGCCCACUGUUAUCUAGACCAGCACGCACUGCCCCAUCUGCCCCCUGGCUGUCCGAGGUUCUCCGUGAACAUCUCUCUAAACUCAGGGCUGCAGAGAGGAAAUGGCAGAAAUCAAAAAACUCUACGGACCUCAGUGUGUAUCAAUCUCUCCUCUCUUCCUUCUCUGCAAAUGUCUUCACAGCUAAAACAUCCUACUACCACAACAAAAUUAACAGCUGCUGUGAUGCUCGGACACUCUUCAAGACUUUCUCUUCUCUUCUUAAUCUGCCGCCUCCACCUCCUCCAUCGACUCUUACAGCGGACGACUUUGCAGCUUUCUUCACAAAUAAGACAAGAUCCAUCAGUGACCAAUUCUCCACACCGCAGACUGAGGAAAACUUCACAAUGACCGAUGCACACUCUUUAUCCUCCUUCUCCCCACUCUCAGAGAUGGACGUCUCCAAAAUGCUCCUGUCCAAUCAUCCUACUACUUGUCCACUUGAUCCUAUCC